CGCUUCCGUAGCAGUAUGGCGACCACGGAGGACGAGCGGCAGGUUGGGGACUGUGAAGGAGAGCGGCUGGAUUUCCUGCGGGAUCGGCACGUGCGGUUCUUCCAGCGCUGCCUCCAGGUUUUGCCGGAGCGCUAUUCGUCGCUUGAGACGAGCAGGUUGACAAUUGCAUUUUUUGCACUCUCUGGGCUGGAUAUGUUGGAUUCCUUAGAUGUGGUGAACAAAGAGGAUAUAAUAGAGUGGAUUUACUCCCUGCAGGUCCUUCCCACAGAAGACAGAUCAAAUCUAAAUCGCUGUGGUUUCCGAGGCUCUUCAUACCUGGGUAUUCCAUUCAAUCCCUCAAAGAAUCCUGGAACAGCUCAUCCUUAUGACAGUGGCCACAUAGCAAUGACCUACACUGGCCUUUCAUGCUUAGUUAUUCUUGGAGACGACCUAAGCAGAGUAAAUAAAGAAGCUUGCUUAGCAGGCUUGAGAGCCCUUCAGCUGGAAGAUGGAAGUUUUUGUGCAGUACCUGAAGGCAGCGAAAAUGACAUGCGAUUUGUGUACUGUGCUUCCUGUAUUUGCUAUAUGCUGAACAACUGGUCUGGCAUGGAUAUGAAAAAAGCCAUCAAUUAUAUUAGAAGAAGUAUGUCCUAUGACAGUGGGUUGGCACAGGGAGCUGGACUUGAAUCUCAUGGAGGAUCCACUUUUUGUGGCAUUGCGUCACUGUGUCUCAUGGGUAAACUAGAAGAAGUUUUUUCAGAAAAAGAAUUGAACAGGAUAAAGAGGUGGUGUAUAAUGAGGCAACAAAAUGGUUAUCAUGGAAGACCGAAUAAACCCGUAGACACCUGUUAUUCUUUUUGGGUGGGAGCAACUCUAAAGCUUCUGAAAAUUUUCCAAUACACUAACUUUGAGAAAAAUAGAAAUUACAUCUUAUCAACUCAAGAUCGCCUGGUGGGGGGAUUUGCCAAGUGGCCAGACAGUCAUCCAGAUGCUUUACAUGCAUACUUUGGGAUUUGUGGCCUGUCAUUGAUGGAGGAACAUGGAAUUUGUAAAGUCCAUCCUGCCCUGAAUGUAAGCACGCGGACUUCUGAACGCCUUCGUGAUCUCCAUCAGAGCUGGCGAGCCAAGGACUCGAAACAGUGUUCGGAGAACAUACACAUCUCCACAUGACUGACCUUAGAUUGGGGUGGGGCGGGAUUUGUAGCAUAACUGUAGCUCAAGGUUAAAAGCCAUGUAUAACCAAGUGUGCUCUUUUUUUAAGAGGUAGAGUCUUACAAUGAAAUCUUGUGCUGGUGUCACUUUGGGUAUGGUCUUGAGCUAGUGUUUGUAGUGGGUUUCAAGAAAAUCUUUGAAAUUUGAACUGAAGUGGACUCUCUUGUGGUUCUUAAAUGUUUAUACUGUAUUUCUAAGUUCUUUUGAGGAAAAUUAACUGUAUAUAUGUAGGUUAUCUUUUUUAAAACUCUUCCUUAAAAAUUGUAUUAUAUUAUAAAUUGGACACAAAUCUUCAAAACAAGUUUACAGUUCACAUAGCAGUGAUAAUCUUUAGGCGAAUACUUGGUGAUCAUUUUAAAAGUUUGAGUGCUGGUGGUAGAAAAUUGCUUUAAUGAAUUAAGUAUCUGUGAUUAUUCUUUGAAAACAAAUCCUGUAAUUUUUAAAAAGAAUGACUUAUUUUGUCUUAUUCUUAAAUGCGUGCCAAUUAAACUUACAUGGCCUACAUAAAUGAAUUUAACUUCAUAGCAAGAAUGAACAGGCUUAACUAAUACAAUUAUUUUCUAAAGGGAGAUUAUUUUAAGAAGAGUAUUAUGUAACUGAGGGGAAAAGUAAUUUAACUGUACAUGAUAGUGAAUGGGAAAGUUUCGUGUUGUGCAGGUCAUUUAUUUAGAUGUUGCUGGGCUGAAUAACAGUUAUAUUUGAUUUUAAUGUCAAAUUAUUAGUUGCUUUUUUUCUUUAUGGGAAGAAAACAGUAUUAUCUGGAAAGGAAAGAUGUUUAGUGGUCUUGUUUAUUUUUUGACAUAUGUGAUGUUAUAAAUUAUACUUUUAUAACUGAGUUAUGUUUAGCCACUUAGAUUACUUUAAGUUUGUUGCCCCAUGUUUUAGCUGCUCUGAUUUAAAACUGAUGAUUUUCUAAUUUUUUCAAAUUAAAAAGUAAAAAUUUAACUGAAAAGCAGGACCACUUAAGUAAAUGUAACGGUUUAGCUCCAUACAUGGUCAUUUAUAUUUUUAUAUUCUCAGGUAAGUGGGAGGCAUUAAAGACUGGGGUUUUACUUAUGUUUUGUUUUCUUCAUUCUGUGAACUUGCUCAUUGUAAAUGAGGUAGUAUAAACAUUCAUCUUGUAAGUAAUCAAUUUAUCAGCAAAUCACAUCAAUCACUGUUGCUUGAUGACGUUCAAAGAUAUGAAACCAGUACCAAAAUGGAGAAGGAAAAUGCUUCUCUAAAGGAGCUGGAUUUUAAGUUAAGGCUUUGGUGAUAAUAAAUGUUGAAUUAUUUGUUCUCCAAGUAUUAGUAUAAAAACUAAAUUACUAAUACAGCUGUUUAGGCAUAGUAAUAUUUAACAUUUUUUUUUCAUUUCUUUCCUAAAUUGGAGGAAAAAAUCUUAAAUAAUGGUCCUUCCCAAAGGGAUAGCUACUUUAUACUUGGAGGAAAUGAUUAGUUUUAAACUUCAGUUUGCCAGCCAUUUUUUAAAAUUAGAAGUAAACUCAAAGUAGUGGAAAAUAUUAAAAAAUACGAUUGCUGAUCAAAAUUUAAAAAAUACAAUCAAUUUUCUGAUGAUGGGGAAAACAAUAAGUUUAACAACAGGUGUCAGCCUUCCAUGAAUUGCUUCUGCUUAAAUUCAGGCAAGUUAAGACAUCCACAUCUCAAACUACGUCAUCUUUUAGCCAGCAGGAGUUAAAACACCGUGUACGUGAUGGCUUUAGGACUACAUGCAAAACUCAGAGGGUUUUUCCUGAAUCGACGUUAUUGUUUGGAAUGUUAGAAAGUUAGUAGCAGUAACUGUUCAUAAAUGAAAGAGAAGUCUAUGGUAAAAGUAUUUCGUAAAACUAUUAAAUAUUUUCUUAAUCCUUGUAUAAUUUAAUAGCAUAAGAUUGUAAAUUAAAAUAUGGUUCUAAUUGAUAAUAUUUGUGAGAGGUAUUAUAAAACUUUAUGAACCGGCGAUCGCCACAUUCCAUAGCAGCAUAUUGACCAAAAAAAUACCAGGCUAGUGUGAAUUGUAGAGAAACUAUUUCUAACUUUUUCUAAACAGUUAUUUGCAAGAAAAUUACUUAUUAGUAAAGUAAAUUAUAAGU